GUUUAGUGGUUUACCUUGUGGGUUAAAAAAAUAAAUGACAAAUUAACUUGAGAAUAAUGCAUAUUAUUCUUCUAACUAAUAAGCACACAAUACUCCGUAAUAAUAAUUUGUUAAAGGCUAAAUGAAGAUAAGACUUGAUCAAUGAUCACCUAGAACGAUACACAUAUCAUAAAGAAAUUCUCCAUAAUUAUUCGAAAGAAAAUAAAGACCUUAAUGAUUAUAUUGAACAAAACUGUACUUGGUAUUGAUGAUGAUGAAAAAGUUAAUUUUGCAUAAGAAUUAACAAUUUGGUUGCGUAAGCACUAAGCACCGCAUGUACAUAAUGUGUAAGCUACUAGCUCGAUCGUAUCAAGAAUCAUAGACAGAAAUAUGGCGGCGGCAGAGAGGGCAGGAUCGGUUUCUGUUCAGCCAAGUGAAAAGGCAUUUCAAGUGAAAUGAAGAAUGGUUGCAGGGCAUGACAGCCACCUCCGCCCCAACGGCACUCCGUCGAGACAAAUGGAGCAAACCACCCUCUCUUCGCCACACUCUUCCACUCUCUUCCUCUUCAGUGACAACUAGAUCACUUCCAGCAAAACCACCAGCUCCGCCGCAGCAAGAAAAUUAUCCAAGGCUUCUACGUAAACCUCAUCAUAGGCGGUGGUGCGUAUGUCGACCCGAAUGCUCGACCCGGACUGGGCGACCCGAGCAAUGACGGUGUCAGCGAUGGAGUGGAUGAUGGCUUCGUCGUCGAUGGGCCAUAUUGUCGAGAGCUCCUCCCAGAAAAAGUCAUAACGGUGCUCCUGCGGCGCGUCGCUGAAGACACACAUGUUGUGGGAAUCCUCGUACGACUCUAGACCGACAAUCUCGUACGUGAAGUGGACAUGGAGAUUAUAAUAGAUAGAAAUAUCGGGACAUAUUUGUAUUUUCUCUUAAUUUAUCUGUUUAGUAUAAAUAUACCAUCGGGGCACCCUAUUGGGGUAUGCCAUUAUUCCAUAAUAUUGUAUAUGGUAUCAGAGCCUAGGUUGACCUAGUACCUCUCUGCCGCCUUCUUCUUUUCUCGAUGGCCUCGUCUUCCGCAACUUCCACGAUGGCCAUGUCUUCGGCGAUCCAACCCUCCACCCUCGUUUCUACUUCUACAGCGUCGGUGUUUACUGAGCAACCUUCUUCAUCAGCACACACAACAGGUUCCAUGGCGACUACCUUCUCUUCUCCUUCGCAAGCCUCGCCCAGCAUUACCCAGCAUCGACUAUCGCCAGGCCCUUCUAAUUUGCCACCGCCUCUUUCAUCUUACCGGCUAUUCCAGAUGCCUGAACCCUUUUCUUGGACUCCAACUGGUACGGUAGCGGCCUCAUCAUCAGUAACUCUUCCUGGCAGCGGUUCAACCUUCUCUGGACAGCCGGGUGUUGUCCCGCCUCAGCAGUCAGCAACUCAACUUCCAGGUUACAAUUCUGCCCCCUCGUUUUUGGCUUCUAUUGCUGCUCAAUUGGAGUUUUCUACACCCAAUGUCACGAAUAUUAUGACCACCCGGCUUAAUGCGAUUGAGGAUUAUCUUCCUUGGCGGACCCAAUUUGAGUCGUUUCUAGUUUCCCAUAGUCUUCUUGGGAUUCUAGAUGGCUCCAUUUCGACACCACCCCAAGUCAUGCAUGAUUUCUCUGGACGAGAAGUCCCAAAUUAUGAGUAUACGCACUGGCUUAA